GUUGUGCAGAUGACGUAGGGACCCCGCGCCCUGGCCAGGGAAGCCGUGACGAGACUCUGCAAUGACAACUUAGGCCCAGUUUGCUUAUUUAUUUAUUUUCCAAGCCGUAUAUGUUCGGAUCCUUUCUGACCUGUCGGCUCUAGCGCUCAUGCUGGGAUGGCAGAAGAUGAGCCCGAUGCCAAGAGCCCCAAGACUGGGGCAAGGGCUGCCCCCCAAGGUGGUGCUGAGGCUGGGGAACCUACCACCCUUCUUCAGAGACUCCGGGGUACCAUUUCCAAGGCCGUGCAGAACAAAGUAGAGGGCAUUCUGCAAGAAGUUCAGAAAUUUUCAGACAAUGACAAGCUCUAUCUCUACCUUCAGCUCCCUUCAGGACCCAGCGCUGGAGAUAAAAGCUCAGAGCCAAGUACACUCAGCAACGAGGAGUACAUGUAUGCCUACAGGUGGAUCCGGAACCACCUGGAGGAGCACACGGACACCUGUUUGCCAAAGCAGAGUGUUUACGAUGCCUAUCGGAAGUACUGUGAGAGUCUCGCCUGCUGUCGCCCACUGAGCACAGCCAACUUUGGCAAAAUCAUCAGAGAGAUCUUUCCUGAUAUCAAGGCCCGAAGGCUUGGCGGUCGGGGUCAAUCCAAAUAUUGCUACAGUGGCAUACGAAGGAAGACCUUGGUAUCUAUGCCAUCCUUGCCUGGACUUGACCUAAAAGGUUCCGAGAGUCCAGAAAUGGGCCCAGAAGUAACCCCAGCACCCCGGGAUGAACUGGUAGAGGCUGCCUGUGCCCUGACCUGUGACUGGGCAGAGCGGAUCCUGAAACGAUCCUUCAGUUCCAUCGUUGAGGUUGCCCGCUACCUGCUACAGCAACAUCUCAUCUCUGCCAGAUCUGCACAUGCCCAUGUGCUUAAGGCUGUGGGGCUUGCCGAAGAGAACGAGCAUGUCCCUCGGGAGCGGUCAUGCAAAUCCAAGAAUGGUGUAGAGAACCUCAAGGGGGAAGCCCCUAAGAAACCAGAGAGAGCAGCCCAGGCUCCUAAAGAGCUAGACAACCGGGCUGGAGCUAGCCCUCCAGUGCGUGGAGAACGGAAGAAGAGUGUCAUUGAGAGUUCGGCCACGGCAGCCAGUAACCCACAGGUUAAUGCCCUUGUGGCGCGGCUGCCUCUGCUCCUCCCCCGAGCUCCUCGCUCACUUAUCCCACCAAUCAGAGUCUCUUCACCCAUCCUGGCUCCCAGUCUUUCUCCAGGCACCCUGAAAGUGGCUACACUGCCUCUGCCACCUAAGGCUGGGGGACCCCAGGCAGCUGUGCCCAUCAUUAACAUGAUUUUACCACCUGUUCCUACGUUGUCUGGCUUGGGGCGUACUCCACCUGGGGGACUCAUCCAGCCCCGGGGCACAGACGGCAGGGAAGUAGGCAUAGGUGGUGAUCAGCGGUCCCAUGACAAGGGUGUCAAAAGGACAGCUGAAGUGCCUGUGAGUGAAGUCGGCGGACAGGACCCACCAGGUAAAGAAGCAAAGCAGGACACAGAGGAUACAGUGAGUGAUGCCAAAAGGAAACGGGGGCGUCCUCGAAAAAAAUCAGGUGGAAAUGGGGAAAGAAAUUCCACCCCUGAGAAGUCAGCAGCCGCUGUGGACUGUGCCCAGUCUUCAAGGUCACCAUGGGCGUCCUGGGGCUCCGGAGGGGAAAGGAACUCAGCUGCAGGGUCACAGAGGCCAAGGCCAGUUGGUGAGGCUGAGGCUGAGCAGAGGCCAGUGCUGGCCCCAGGUCAGGAAGACAAUGCGAUUUCCAAAGGAGGAAGGGGCCAGAGCACCCGGCAAGCCAAAGAAGCAGAAGAUAAAAUUCCUCUUAUCACCCCAAAAGUGAGUGUUAUCAAGGGCAGUAGAAGCCAGAAGCAGCUUUUUCAGUUGGAAAAAGGAGAGGGAGGCACUGCCCCCCAUAGUAACAAAGACUUAAAGGAACAUGUGCUUCCAAGUUCCUCUGCCUAUGAGCACAAAGACCCCAAAGCAACACCCCCAUGACAGAGAGGACUGUGGGGAGAGGGGCUGUGUCCACGCAGCCCUACUCGACUGCCUGCUGCAGGCCCUUCUCUGCAUUCGCUUCUCAUGCAGCUCCUUCCCCGAGGGCGUCCGCUCUCCAGAUGCUGAGUUGCCUGGCUUGCAUAGUGUCUGGUGGCUGCUUCUGAGUUUUCCAGCUCAAUACCUUGGCUUUAGUGUAACCAGUAAAUCUGUAGUCACCUUCCCACCUGCAUCCUGGGCUUUCCCAUAGGAAGUAGGGAUAAGGUAAGUAUGAAUGUAGGUUAGGCAUCUUCUGGUUUGCAGUCCUAGAAAACCUAAAAACUCACUUUCAAUCAAUAGGAUUUAUUAUUGCCUCAUGUAACUGGAAAGCACAGUGGGGGCACUGACUUCAGGUGAGGCGUGAUCUGGUCGCUCGGUGUGUUUCUCAGUUUCACUUAGUGUCAAGUCAUCCUUAGCCUAGACCACCUCAUUGCCGCCAGCACUCCUAGGAUGAAGUUUGCCCGUUUAUUUCUGACCAGAAAGAGAGGGCGUCAUUGUGGCAGGACUCGUAGCAAAGGCCCAAAGAUUCAGUGUGAUUAGGCUAGCCUGGAUCACAUACCCACUCCUGGCCAACCAGCGUGGCCCGCAGGGUGGUACGCACACGUCCGCGUUCUGCAUCAUGGAGCUCGCUCGUGGGCAGGGCGGAGUCACGUCACAGGCUCUACAGAUAGAGCCCGCAGCCCCGUCAGGGAGUCGCCGGGACGUGUCCAGCAGCUGCCGAGUGCGUGUUUAGCUUGCUGAGCUGCGGAAGGCUAGACUGCUGCCUCCUUCCCUCAGUCUGACUUCCCCUGUGCAGGUGUAACUUCUUUCCUGUCUCCGGCCUGGGAAGGACGGAAGAGAAGCCGCUCUCCUGUAGGGAGUCUCUUAUUCUCACAUGACAACUUGCUUCCACCUGCGUCUUAGAGCGCCUUCGUUUUCGGGUCGUUGAGUUUUCACUUUCUCCCCAAUCCUGUGUCCCUGUCUCCCGAAUCUAGUGCCACUUUUACCCAGGAGAGUGGAAGAUUACUUCCUAGUCAUGUCAUUAAAUGCAUUCUGUAGCCACCAGGUGUCAGGACUAGGAUGCAUGGAAGGAGGGAGCUCUGCAUGCCAGGGAGCAGCAGUGGGCAGGAGACCCAGACCCUCCAGCAGGUUUGCCCUUGGGAAUAGCAGGAAGCUAGCUCCUACUUAUUCAGGACCUAUUUUGUCCUCUACUACACAAGCUAGUUUCUUGUCAGGGAAUCUUGGUUCUUCCCAAGAAAAACAGAUUUUCUUUCAGGGAGAUGCCACUCAUUUGUCCAUUUCCACCACAAGCAGUUUUUAAAAAAACUGUGUAGGUGCUGGGCCGUAGCUCAGUGGUAGAGUGCUUGCCUAGCAUGUGCAAGGGCUGGGUUUGAGCCUCAGCACGGCAAAAGAAAAAAGUAAUAUUUUAUAUCUAUAAAGAAAUAUGUAACAAAAAUUAUGACCUAUAAUAAUAAAAUAAAUACCUAUGACCUGUCACUCAAUUCACACACUAGAAAUACCAUUGACUUGGUGUUCUUCCCUGUCCUUCCUCUUACAGGUAACUACUGUCCUUAAUUUUGUGUUUACUGAUCACCUGCUUUCUAUAUUUUGACAAUGUCUGUAUAUAUUCUUUAAGAAUGUAUUUAGUUUUGCUUGUAUUCUAGCUUUACAAAAGUUUUGUGCUCUACUUGUUUCUUGAAGUUUGCUUUUUUGCACUUAACAUUAUUUCUAAGAUCCAUCCAUGAUAUCAUAGCUGUGAUUUGUUCAUUUUCAUCUGCAUCAUAUUCCAUUACAUGCAUCAACCACAACUCACUUAACCAUUCACCUACUAAUGGAUAACAUUUGGGCUGUUUUCAGAUUUUUGUUACUACACACAAUGCUGCUAUAAACAUUCUUGUAUAUGAGUGCCUUUGUUUCUCGUAAAAUUCUAAAGAGGUUUCUGAGAUGGUCCUUUGGGUUUGUAUGUCCUGAAUGGGAAUCUGUGGCCUCUUACUCUGUUGAAGAGUUUACACAAGACUGAAUCGAGCUGCUCCUUGAAUGUUUGCUGAAGACAUCACUAUAAAUCGUCCCAGCCUUGUUCGUCUUCAUGAGAAUAGCUUCUAACUAUUGGUCAAACUAGCUAAGAACUAUUUGAUAUUUAAUAAAUAUUGGCCUUUUUCUUCAA